ACAGGAAAAGACACAUGCCAUAAGACUGAAGACAAGCAUUUAUCAUCUACAUCUCAGCUGGACAUGAGGAGCAUCACUGGAAGUUUUAACAAAGUGGAUGGGGGAACUGGGGGCUCUCAAGAUGACAUGCCAUGCCAGGUGACUGGGUUUGCUUCUCUGCCACCACUAACGGUCCAUGAGAAUCUGUGGCACCCAGUAAGUGAGACAAGCUUUAGCUUUCAGGGGUUAUUUAGCAACAGAAAACCAGACCCACCCCAAAAUGCAGCUUAUCCCAUAUGUGAAAGCACCGGUGAGGUUGAGGUGACAGUGGAAAUCAUGACUGUGACUGAAAACCCUGAAAAGCAUAUUGAUGGCAAAAAAGAAAAUGAUUCAAAAGAUAAAAUUACUAAUAACAUUACAAUGAGUGUUGAGGAGUCACUGAAGAUUAUGAGUACUAAUGAUAUGGAGACCUCUGAGAACAAUGCAGUGAACAAAAAUCCUGAUCUGCUUACAACAAACAAAGAAGAGAUUCAAAAAAAGGAUGAAAUUGUACUAAUCACCCAGAGCACCCUGGAGCAUAAACCUUCAUUAGAGGAUACUAAUGAAAAAGGGGUUGAACUGCAGGAUACUAUUAUGGAAGAGGAUGGAAGUGAUAAGAUGGACCUCAUCAGUCUUUCUGACCUCAUUGUGUCUGAUGUAGAGAAAAAACCUGAGGUUGUGCUCACCACCAAAGAAGUGGAUAGAACGGAAGCCAAAUCAGUGGAAUAUGAUGUGAGCAUUCUGAGUGACCGUGUACAGCAGAAGUUAGAGUCGCAAACUUCAGGAAGUGUUUCUCAGGAACAUUGCAUAAAAUCUGAAGAAAAACCCCUCUCCUGCACAGAUGUAGACGGCAUGCUGUCCAGUCAAUCUACUGACAGUACAGGCAUAUCCAAGAAGGACCUAAAAUCAAAUACUGAACAACCCAAUUUAAUUUCUAUUGGAUGUCCUCAAGCAAAAUGUGAAGAUCACAUGAGUGAGCACCAAUAUCAGACCGAUUCCAGUCAUGACACUGGACCAGCUUCAGAAGUUGCCGUGGGCACUGUGAGUACAAAAGAUCCAAAGCUUCCUCCUGCUAUAAAUGUAUCUAGUGCAGUGGAAGGGAGCAUACCCUCUGCCAGUGCCAGUAUUCAAAGUGAUACUAAAGUGCCUAUUGUGCUCAGGCCUCCUGGCCCUAUGAUGAGUCACUGGGAGGUCAUUAAUGACUGUAAUGUUUCUCUCCUGGGAGAGGAAAUGCAAUGCAGUCAGGAAGUUAAAGCAGAGAUGAGCAGUACGAUUGUAAAAACUGAUGCUGUAUUAAAAAGAGAAGCUGUGGAGACUACAGGAGAAAAAAUAGAAAAUAAUACCAGCCUUUCCUGUAUGACUGUGUUAAUCCCUGAUAUAACUGUCAUGGCUUCUUCCGUGCAGGAUACCAAGUUAGCAUCUAAAGAAGCGGAAGGUAAUAAUUUGUCUUCAGGUAGCCUACAUGAUGAUGAAAAUACAAAUAAGAGGAUAGAUUUUGUGUUACUUGAGAACUCUAAAGAUGGAAAAUCUGAAAUGGAUGUUGAACCUGGGGCACCUGAGAAACCGUUAUGUAUUGUUCAGGAAGAGGAAACCCUAUCUGCUGCUGAAUGCUCCAAAGUAGAAAACAUGCUGUCAAGACAGUCUAGUACAGAUAUAUCUCAACAGUACAGUACAGAUAUAUCUCAACAGGACCAGAUAUCAAAUACUAUGAUCUUGGAGGAAUCUUCUCAAGCAAAACCUGUAGAGAACACAAGUGAGCUGCAAUUUCAAACAGAUUUAGGUCAUGACAGUGGAGCAGUCACGGAAGUUGCCAUGAGUGUUGUGUCUACGAAAGACCUCAAGCCACCUGAAAUAGAUGUAUCUGGCAUGGGGGAAGGGGGAGUUUCAUCUUCCAACAUUCAAAGUGAUCCUAAAGUACCUAUUGUGCUCAAGCAUCCUGGCCCUAUGAUGAGUCACUGGGAGGCCAUUAAUGACUGUAAUGUUUCUUUCUCAGAAGAGGAAGCACAAUGCAACUAUAAUAAAAUCAGCACUCUGAACAAUGGAAGUGUUGGUGCAGCAGAUAUGAGAAAUAAGACUGUGAAAACUGAUAUUGUAGAAAAAUCUGAUGCGCAUUGUGUAUCUGUGGAGACAAAGAGAGAGAAAAACGAAAAUGAUAACAGUUCUUGCUGUCUGAAUGUGUUAAUCCCAGAUAUACUAACGGAUGCUGCUUCUUCCAAGCAGGAUAUCAAGUUAGCUUCUAAAGAAAAAGUGGAUGGUCCUAACUUGGCACCAGAUAGCUUACAAAGUGAUGAAAAUGCAAAUAAGAUCCAAUCAAGCCAGUCUACUAACAAUACAGGCAUAUCACAACAGAACCAGAAAUCAAAUACUGUGAUCUUGGAGGAAUGUUUCCAAGCAAAACCUGAAGAGAACAUGAGUAAGCUGCAAUCUCAAACAGGUAUAGAACAUGACAGUGGAGCAGUCUCAGAAGCUGCUAUGAGUAUUGUGUCUACAAAAGAUCUCGAACCUCCUGAUUUGGCAGUAUAUGGCAGGAGGGAAGGGAGAAUUUCAUCUUCCAAUAUUCAAAGUGAUCCUGUAGAAACACCCAAUGAGCGUUCUAAACCUGUGCAGACAAAGAGAGAAAAAAUUGAAAAUGAUAACAGCUGUAUGAAUGUGUUAAUCCCGGCUAUAACAACUGCCAUAGCGUCUUCUGUGCAGGAUACCAAGUUAGCAUAUAGAGAAGUGAAAGGUACUAAUUUGGCACCUGGCAGCCUACAUAGUGAUAAAAAAGCAAAUAAGGGGAUUGAUUUAGUGGUACAAGAGGUCCCUGGAAAUGAAAAACCUGAAGUGGAUGUUCUAACAAGGGAACCAGGGAGACAAUUUAGUACUCAUCAUGAAUGGGAUCAAAUCACACACACAAAGGAUAUAGCAGACAUUAGUACUAUAAGACAAGCAACUGAGCAAAAUACAGAUACUCUGAUACUCAUUCCACAACACUGUGAUGAAAGCAAAUUAUAUGACAAAUGUGAUGCUAUUUCUAAGCCAAAUGCAUCAACAGCAGAUAAAGUUUACCCUUCAUUUGGCUAUGUCAGCUCUGAAUCAGAGGACAGAAUGGCUGAUAUUCAGUCCUCACCAUCUGCCUAUGCAGACCCGAAUUGCUUUGUUGAGAUAGACACCUCUAUGGCCAAGGAAUGCUGUGCGAUUGAACUUUCCACUGUGAUACCACAACACUCAAGCCCCAAACCUGCUGCCUCUGAAAUCAACCCCGUCCUAAAUCAGGUGCUAAUAGAGGAUACAGGUAGCUUCAAUAAAGAUGAUACUGUUAGAACAAAUAAAACAUAUCAAGAAAAUACUGAAGAAGAAAAUCAGGUGAUUAAGGUGGAACAACUUGAAGAACCAGAUUGUGCAAAUGAUGCUAGCCUAUUCAAAGAACAAACUACUACAGAUGAAUUUAAUGUCUCUGAAAAUGAAAUGAAGUGUGAGCAAUCAAUCAACAACUUACACACAUUGGAGGAUGGACUGUCUGGAAACCUUAAAGAAGAGAUAAACAAAAGCAAGCAAACAAACCCUUCAGAUGAACUACAAGAGAGCAAUCAAAAUUUGGAGAAAGAUGUAGAAAAAGUACAAACCAAUGUGGAACAAAGGGAGGUAACUGUGGAUCACAGAGAGACAACAGAAGAAAAAACUACAGAAACAGUGGAAAUGAGAGUUUUGGAGAGGUAUGAUGAUGUUUCACUAAAAGAACCCAAAUUUAGCUGUCCUAGUUAUGAAGCGCAGGCCAAUGGGAUUUUCGAAAGUAGAGCUGAAUCUGAGAACUCCUGUAGUAGUUUUGGGAAAUUGGAAAAUGUCAAGCUGCUGAUGGAUCAUGACAGUAUCAUUACUGAUGGUGAUGCAUGUCUUGAUGGUAAGCUAAAGCAAAGUGAACCCAGUAUCAAACCAACAGGCUUUGGAGAUGUAUCUUCUAUAAUUAAAGACAUUAAUGAAAAUAGUACAGAAGAUAGUAACCAAGAAGAACAGACAGACAAUCAAGAAAAUAAAUUCCUGCGCAUUUCAGCAGCAGCCCUUGACAAUACAGAGCUCAACACUGAGCUGAAAGAAUUGCCAGUGUCUGUCAUUGAAGCGUCACAAGAAAGUGACGGCAAACCUCACUUGGGCAAUACAAGUGAAUCACAGGUCAGUGUGGAUAAACCUGGACGUCUGGAGGAAGUCGUACCUGACCUCUGUAAAGCUGUAGAACUUGCCAGCAAUUUACCCAAACCAUGUGAGAAUUCUAGCACCUCACACCAUGAACCCAAAACAGUGGAUCAAUGUUUCAGUGCUAUCACCUUUGGCAAGAACAAGUGUACUGAGGUGUGUACUAGUGUUCAGACUGAGGCGAUGCUGCCAUCUGUUUACAGAACUCCUGUUGAGAACGUGGAGCGUGAGAGUGUUGUUGAUGUCUCUCAAGACAUGGACAAUGAAGAACUGAUAAAUAAAGCUGAAAUUCACAAUAUAGAACUCCACUGUUCACCCCUUCAGACUAAAAUCUUGGCUUUGGAGGUGGAGCAACAUAAUGAGGCAUCUUUGGAUCCCAAAUGUUCACAAAACAAAGAGUGGCAGGAUGCACUUGAUCCUGAAGCACAGCAUACUGAGUCACGAAGCUUCACAACAAGUGCAGGAACCGAAGAGGAGGCCAAAAAUAAGAAGACAGCAACAGUUAUUUCAGGAGAGGUCAAGCAGAUGGAGCACAGGAAGGAACAGAUAAGUGAAGGCAAAGAAGAGGGAAGAGAGAAUGAGACAGCAGAAGGCAGGAAACUCACAGAGAAGUCUGCAAGGCCUGAGACUAGUGCCGUAGAGUGUGAUCUUAAAGACAUAAAGGAAGGAAAUGAGAGAAAAUUGCCUCAACACAAAGAUGAGAAAUUGGGUUCCUUCACAGUGAGUGGUGGUACUGAUCUCAUAAAAUCAAGUGUCAGUGAUGGAUUCCAGACUGAACAGGAAAAAGAGUUGUCAUCAAGUCCCAAACUCACUGCUGUUGCCACGUUGUCAACCUCACAGGACCCUUCCCAGACAUUACUCAAUGCUAAUACAGACUCUGGUCAUGAGGCUGCCAAUUCCUUUAUUCAGACUAUCUAUGAAAAUGCUUCAGAAGAAUUGAAAAUGGAACAUGGCUCAAAAGUUGGAGACGUGGACUUCACUUUAUUCAGCAAAGUAGUUCAGAAGGAAACAGCUGAUGGCAAUGAAUACACUCAACAAGUAUCAACAGAUGAAAACAGGUCAGUUACUAUGAAGACUAGUGCUUUAUUGGAGGAGGAUGUUUCAGAGAGCCCAGGUGCAGCUGUUAGUCCUGUAAUAGAACUGAAUCAAAAAACAGCCAACACAGAAGAAUCAUGUGAGUGUUCAGACUGGCUCAGAGCACUGAAAGAGGCGGCCUCUAUAUCUCAGACUCAACAGAAAUAUAAGCUUGAGACGCCUUGUGGAUCUGCAGAUAACAGACCUUUUGAGACUCUUGACAAACCUCAGGCUGAACUAGAGUCUCAUUCCCCUACUAUAGACAGUGACUCUGUAGUAAAGGAGCAGCCAGAGGAACCACCUGACAGCAGGCCAUUGCUGUCAGAAUCAGCUGAUGGGAGUGAGUCUGUCUUUUCCUUCCCCGCACCCCCAGAGGAGGACACAUUACUGCCAGCUCUCCCUGCUCACCUGUUCUGUGAUAGCUCUGAAUUCCCCACUCCACCACCCACACCCCCAGAGAGCGCUCUUCUAGAGCUCGAACCUGAGACUGCACCCCCUAUUUCUCCCUCUGACCCGGAUCAGGUCCCAAACGCUGCAGAAGUCCUUCCUCAGCUUCAGCACAACCAGGACACAAGUCCUCCAGCCAGGAGCUCAGACUCUGAUGGCACGUUUGAGACUCCUGAAUCCACCACCCCAGUGAAGACCGCGGCCCCUCCACUUCCCUCAGACAAGCAGCCGGAGCCUAUCACAGUCACACAGCCCCUGAUCCCCACAGACACAGACUCCUGUCCUCUGCCUGCCUCUACAGUAGAUGACUGUGCUAGUGAGGUGCUAGAUACUCCUUCUUUCCAUCCUCCCAGUCGCUCUGCCUCUACUGUCUUUGAUGAAGACAAGCCCAUUGCAAGCAGUGGCACCUACAACAUCGAACACAUCCUUACCACUGAGUCCAUCUCAGCACCAGCAUUUGAUUCGGGCUCAUCAGGGCUAGAAAGUCGUACACCCCUAACCCGCUCACUCAGCUUCCAGUCUGGGGAUUUAGACAGCGCUAGUCCUGGAGAAAGACCUGCAGAGGGAGCCUCUAACAGAUCCACUCAUCCUCGUUCGGAAUCUUUCAGUGUAGGCACAGAGAGCGCCCCUGGGACUCUACGACGGGUCAAAAAGCCUCGACCAGGCUCUUUGAAGAAAAAACCUCUUUCCAGGCAGAACUCAAACCCUGAGAGUGCCACUUCCAGAACUGUCUCAUCCAGCAGUACCCCAGAGGUGAAGAAGAAAGGGAAGCCUCUUGCAGAUGGUCCUCUACAAACACAAGAGGAGAAAGAGUGUCCCUCGGCCUCUCCCAGCUCAAGCCCUGCUGGCACCCUCAGGCGGACCAGAAUCAAGUCUCGAGUAGAGAGUCCUCCACCUGUAGAGGAGGAGAGUAGCCUUGCUGAAGCACCAGUGGCUGCAAAAGCACAGGAAGAGAUUUUGUCGGUUCCUGAAGAGGUCUCCCCCAUCCCUCCCAGUGCCACUUACAAAUGGGACCCAGAUAACUUUGAAAACAUUGACCCCUUUUGCACAGGCGGCAGUAAGCUUGCCAACUCUCCUGUCUUGGGUAGGAAACCUGAUUUUAUCCCUACCCCUGACCCCACCCCUAUUCCUACAGAGGAGCCCCCUGCUGCUCCUGCACCUCCCUCAGAGAAAACCUUCAGCAUUGAGGAGCAGCCAAUCACCAAGCGGCAGUCAGUCAGACUGGAGUUUGAUUACUCAGAGGAGAGUGGAGAUACACUACAGGACAUUCCUCUGCCUCCCAAAAAACUGGGCAAGAAGCAAGGGGGCAAGAUGCCUCUUAGAAAACCAAAGCUGGGGAUUAAGAAGGCCCCCCCACAACCUGAGCAGUUAGACAACACACCUGCUGCAGUCCAUUUAAAUGACAAUGAUGACAUUCCUAUUCCUAAGACAUCCUACAACAGUGAUCCUAGCAAAUGGGAUGAUCAUAAUUUUAACCCUUUCUCUGCAGGGAAAGGCAUCCCUAACUCCCCUCCCAAGUCCAGGGCAAGCUACAACUUUGAUCCCAACUCGUUUGAUGACUCCAUUGACCCUUUCAAGCCAUCCACCCAGAUGGGAAAUUCACCUCCAAAAGUGGCAUCUUUAGAAGUGUCCAGCAAUGACAAUGAAAAUGACAAUGACAAUGUUGAUGAGCUGGAGGAUCGAAAUCAGAAUAAGCCAGCCAAAAACAAGAAAAAGCCCCUCAAAUCUAACACAUUUAGAGUGAAGAAGUCACCAAAGAGGUCACCUCUAUCUGAACAGGUUGCACAGGACUCCUCUGGUGAUGCCAUGCCUGAUCACCUUCAGGACCAUGCCACAGAUGAAGAGAAAUUGGCCUCCUCUACCAAUCAGAAAUGGGCAGCUCGGCAUGACUUGCAAGUGGAGUUGACGUCUGACGUCCAGGACUUUCCUCAGCCUUCUGACCUCACUGCCUUCGUCAAUGAGAGCAGCUUACCAGCACAGAGCCAUGACUAUGAGAUUGAAUACAUGGAGAAGAUUGGAACUUCCACUCCACCUUUGUCAGUGAAAAAGCCAUCCCUCUACCUAAAUCUGGAUUCAGUGACAGACAGUACAAACCAGGGAUCCAGUAUACACCACUCAGGACCCAACUCCCCCUGUACUGGGAGUUUUGAGGAAAUGGAAGCUAAGAUCUCAGUGGAGGGAAAAUCACCUGUGCUAUCAUCUUGUGGAGCCCCAGAGCCUCUAACACUGGAGAAGAGCAAAAAGAGGGAAGUCCAUUCCCAGAGCUGGACACAAAGCAGUGAGAGAGAUGGAAUGUCCCCCUCUCAAGGCCCUGGGGAGCCCGCAGAUCUGUCCCUCUUAGACAGGCUGAGUGAGUCAGCCACCCCUCUCAGCUACCUGGAACCUGACCUGGCAGAGACCAACCCCACUGCCUUCGCCCACAAACUGCAGGAAGAGCUAGUCCUCGCAGCUCUGAGGAUUGAGGCUCUGCAGGUAGCCCAAAACAUCUCUCAGAGCCCUUCUCUAUCCACUGUUUCCCCUCAGUCUCGGCUCAAGAAACCCAGCCCACGCCGCUGGAAUCUCGACCGUUCAUCCACAGCUAAAGAGAGAGAGCUGGCCUCCCCUGGAGACAGUGGUGUGUCCAAAAGCUCCUUAUACUCCCGGACGGGAUACAGUGAAGCUGAAAGCCCUUAUCUCCCCCAGGAUAUGGACCAUUCACUGGGCAUAGCGAGAGAAGAGAUUGUUGCCAAGGAAAAAGAAGUGCUGGAAUGGCAGAGAAAGUAUGAGGACAGUCAACAGGAACUUGAAGAGAUGAAGAGAAUAGUUACAGAGUAUGAGAAAACCAUUGCACAAAUGAUUGAGGAUGAGCAGAGGGAGAAGUCUCUGUCCCAUCACACCAUCCAACAGCUCAUUCUGGAAAAGGACCAGGCACUGGCUGAUCUCAAUUCAGUGGAGAAGUCUCUGGCUGAUCUGUUCCGCCGCUAUGAGAAAAUGAAAGAUGUUCUAGAAGGUUUUCGUAAGAAUGAGGAUGUACUGAAGAAAUGUGCACAGGAGUAUCUGUCUCGAGUGCGCAAAGAGGAGCAGCGCUACCAGGCCCUGAAAAUUCAUGCCGAGGAGAAACUGGAUAAGGCGAAUGCAGAAAUUGCUCAAGUGCGUGCCAAAUCUAAGCAGGAGCAAGCAGCGUACCAGGCCAGUCUGAGGAAAGAACAGAUGAAGGUGGAUUCCCUGGAGCGUACACUAGAUCAGAAGAACAAAGAGAUCGAAGAAUUGACCAAGAUCUGUGAUGAGCUGAUUGCUAAAAUGGGGAAGAGCUAGCUGACUGUCACAUGGUCCUUGUCCACAUAGGACAAUAUAUGAACUGAAAGAGAGUUGUAAAAAACCAUUGUCCUAUUGACUGCUGGACAGAACCACAGACUGUCCCCAAAAUCUUAAACACUACUGACACUCCUCAAGAAAUGGGGCCCCUGUUGACGAGGAGGACACUCUGGUCACUCUAUCAUACCACUGUAACUACUUACCGAGCAUUUUGAUGUUUUGAUGUACACCAAUUUACCUGUAAUAGGGGUCUUGUGGCUAUGUUCGAGAUGUAUUCCCCAUCAGUACAGAAAUUUUAUGAGAGUGUGUGUACGUCUGAAAGAGAGAGAGAAUGAGAGAGCGAGAAAGAGAGAGAGUGAGGAUGAGUUUAACUGCUACGAUGCCAUGACAGCCACUGAUGGAGCUGACUGUUAAGUUAAUUUCUGUGGUAACCUCUUUGAACUUGAAAUCACAAGUGAGAAGAAAGACAUGUCUAUAUAUAUAUAAUUAUGAAACGAUUAUAAAUAUGCAUGUGUUAAUUUCAUUUGUUUUUGUGAAUAUGAGCUGAAUAUAGCAUAGGAACACGAAUGCAGGUUUUGAUAUGGUUUAAUCAGCUUCCUCAUGUAUCUUUGUAGAUACUCCCUAGUUUUGUUGCCUCUUAGCAAAACCGAUGUGCAAUUGUAUUUUUUUGAAUUUCAUUUUAAUAUGUUAGUAAGCAUUUUAAUAUGUUAAUAACGUCCUCUGUCUCUGGUACUAAAAUAGCUCAAUUCAUUUGAAUAGGAUUGUCUCAGUCCUGCUCUGGUUGAUGUGACACAGUAGAUGUUCCCUUAAAAAGGAGCUCUACUUGGCUACACAGCACCUGCUUACAAAGUGCAAUAAAAGAAGGCAAUAAAC